CUAGCCCCACCAGACAACGAUUCUGCGCAACAGCAAACACACUGUGCAAAAGAUUAUUUUAAAUUUAAUUGGGAAGAAAUUCACAGCAAGUGAAAAAUAAAAAAAAAGAGGACCAUACAAGCUAAAAGAAGGUCAUUGGAUCAUAGUGAAGCAAAGGAUUUGAGAAGUAUUUUGCAGUAACAGCAGGAGCUACUCCAGCUGGGAGCUAAAGGGCUAAGAAGCGAGCGAGGAGAGGACACAAAGGACACAGAGCAAAGGAUACUGCUCUUUUAUUGGAUUGGUGCGUUCUCUUGGAUUUCUCCCUUCCCUCCUCCUGGGCUGACAGCAUAGGGGGGAGGCAGAGCCGCAACCACCGCAGGGAUGAAGUACAACUACCAUGUACCGGCGUCAACGUACACACGCAGUUCACAGUACACACCAACGUACAACACACCUAGCUAUUACACUCCCUCACAUUACACACCGUCUACACCGCACUACACCUCCGCAUAUACCUCUCCAACAAAGUACACCCCGACACAGUACAGCGCGACGCAUUACACCCCAUCACAGUACACGUCCACUUACAAAGCUGCAUCAACUUACAUCCCCUCCUACAGCAAAGAGUCACGGUACAGUUCUACACGCCGCACACAAGAAAAAAAGGAAAACCCUGCACCUGUAAUACCCGUCACACCUGCAAAGAGAACUGUGCACUUCCCCAAUGACAUCGUCUUCCAGGAUAUUGUGAGACGAGGAGAUAUGGAGCAAAUUGGUCGGUUCAUGAGAGCGAGGAAGGUUCGUGUGGAUACGCUCUUCCACUCAGGUAUGGCAGCGCUACAUGAAGCCGUGCUAACGGGAAACCUGGAGGUGGUGAAGCUGCUGGUGAAAUAUGGUGCUGAUGUUCAUCAGAGAGACGAAGAUGGCUGGACGCCACUUCACAUGGCCUGCAGUGACGGCUACCCGGAAAUUGCCAGUUAUCUGCUGUUGAUGGGAGCCAGCACAGAGGCAGAGAACGAGAGCGGAGAGAAGCCUGCAGACCUCAUCGACGCAGACUGCAAAGAGCUGGCCAAACUGUUUGAGACGGGCUGUGUGUGACUGGGCACCAAAUGGACCCAAAGUGAGACCACAGCAACAGAGAAGACGGAAAGCUUAGCAGUCACUUGGAAAAGAAAGAAAAACAUAUUUAACAGUAAUAAACA